AUGAAUAAGUUGUUUAUACCUGUUUAUAUAUUUUUAUGUUUUACUUUUAUUUAUUUCACAUAUUCACAAAGUUGUAGUUUUCCGAACAUAAUUUUGACAAAUACGACAGUGUCUGAUACAUGUACAGCAAUCAACAAAAUUACUAUUGGUACAACUUUAUCUCUGGAUGUCAUUCAAUUUAAAAUGGUAUCAAAUGCAAAUGUUCAUACAAAUGAAAAUGUUGAUUGUAUAGGUUGUGGUUCAAUUGUGCUAUCAGAAAAUGCAAACCUACAUCUGACACAAGUAACAAACUUAUACCAUUCAUCUAAAUUGGUUAUGAAUGAAAAUUCUGUAUUAACAACCAAAAAAGAAAUUUAUUUUUGGAAAUACUCUCAAUUAACAAUUGGAGACAGUGCUACUAUUUAUUUUAAAGGUCAUUUUUUCACAUAUGAGAAUGCAUUAGUUGUUAUGAAUCAGAAUACAGUAAUUAAAAUAAAUAAAGUUUUGUUCUUUAAUGAUAAGUCUACAUUAACAAUGAACGAUAAUUCUAUAAUAAAUUCAACAUUUAUAUUGUGUUUUUAUUCGGCAACUUUGGUCAUGAAUUUAAACACACAAAUUAAUGGAAUCACAUUUUUUAAUUUAUAUAAAAAUGCACACGCUUCAUUGAAGGAUUACUCUGAGAUAAAUAUGGGUUCAAAUUUAGUUGAAGUUGAAACGUCAUAUUUAUUAUUGAACGAUUUUUCGAAAAUAAACAACGCCGAGAGAAUUUAUGUCAAAAGAGGUGGAAUAAUAAAUUUGAAUGGAACGGCACAUUUUUCACAGAUUAACACAAAGUCGUAUCAAUCUGGUGGUAAAGGGGAUAACUCUUAUUCGGCAAUACUCAAUGUGACUGGAAAUUCUUAUAUAAACGUGAGUACCACAUUUGUAUUUUUUAACUCAAUACUUGAAGUAAGUAACAGGGAUAUCAGAGAUCUUCCUGUUGUAUUUUAUUCGGGUUUAAAUGCAGUGAGUUUAACAAAUUUUAAAGUGCAAUCACAAAAUGAUUUUGAUAUACUAUGUUCACAGAUGGUAAAAAUUUAUUCAUCUGUAGCUGGUACAAAAAUGUUAUUAGGAGGUAAAUUAUUGAGAUAUGGCACUUCUAAUAAAAUAUUUUGCCAUGUUGAGGAUGUGACAAACAAAAUUGUUAAAUACAGUGAACCUUACUGUCCAUGUGAUGACAUAGAAGACUGGUAUAUCGCUCCACUACCAAAUGUAAAAUCAUUGUUUGUUGAAAUUAAUAAAAUUAAAACAAGUUCAAAAACACUUUUAAAAAGUAUUGAUGAGUUUUCAUCAGAAAGUGUUUUGAUUGGAAACACACAAAUUUCAUUAUACAAAACGGACAGUAUAGUUCUUAAUAUUUCAACACCAAAAACAAUUAAUAUUAAAUUGUUUUCAUUGACAAAGACAGUUCUUUUGAUUACAGAAACAAAAUUAAAUUUUGAAGGUGUACAAUUCAACGCAGCAUUAAACACCAAAGAUGGCUUUAAAAUACUUGAAGUUGUUAUUCGUUGCACAAAUGGAAUAUACAUUAAAACAACUCAAAGAUGUGAAGAUUUUACCAUUUGUAAUGAUGCAAAUUGUAAGUAUUGUCCCUUCAAUAAAAACAGUUGUGUUUUAUGCAAAAGUCAAUUUGCUCUUGUUAACUCAAAAUGUGAACACAUUGUAAAUUGUGAAUUACCUCUUUCAAAUAGGUGUUUAAAAUGUGCAACUGGUUUUUCAUUGAAAGAUGGUUUAUGUGUAAGUGAUGAAACUUGUAUAACUGUGCAAUUAAGCGGAAGGUGCCAAAUAUGCACAACCAACAAUGGGUGCAUAAACAACAAUGGCAAGUGUGUAGAAAGCGAUAAAAAUAGUGAAGUAAUAACAAACUAUAACAUUGUUUCUUGUAAUAAAAAUUUUGUAUCCAACACAACAAAUUGUUUGAAAUGCAAUGAUUUAUACAUAUAUUCAGAAUUGUGUGAAAAUGGAAAAGCGACAAAGUGUGACAGUUCAAGUCAAAUGGAUACAAAUGGAAUAUGUAAAAUCAAUGAUUGUGUACUACCAAAUGACCAAAACGGCAAAUGCACGACAACAAUUGAUUAUUGUAUAUAUCUAUCAAAUGGAAAAUGUAAUGAAUGUGAAACUGAACAUUAUUUAUCUAAUAAUAUAUGCAACAACAACAAAAAACCAAAUUGUAUUUUACAAAACAGUUUUGGGUGUAUGAAAUGUCAAGACACUUAUUAUCUUGAUGAGUCGACAAAACAGUGUGAAGGUUGUGACCCAAGUUGUUUGACGUGUUUUGAUACAUCAACCAAAUGCCUGAGUUGUCCACAUAACACGUUUUUGUCAAAUUACAAAUGUAACACGAAUGAAGACUUAAAAUUAACGUGUAAUAAAUUUACAAGUUAUGGGAGUGGCUGUGUUGCGUGUAAAGAUGGGUUUUACCGUGUUGGGCUUGAUUGUUUUGAAUGUGAUCAAAAAUGUAAAACAUGUAACAAUAAAUACAGUUGUCUCACCUGCAAUUUAACGAAUUACAAAACAAAUAGUGGUGACUGUUUACCACAGAGUGAUAUUAUUGGGUGUGCUGUGAAUGUCACACAAAGUGGGUGUUCAAAGUGUCAAGAUGGGUAUUAUAUAAUUAAUACAAAUGAGUGUCAAGAAUGCAAUGACAACUGCAAUACAUGUACUUUAUCAAGAAACAAAUGUACUUCAUGUAAUAAUUCACUUGUGUUACUUACCAAUGGAAGUUGUGUUAGUCUAUCACAAAUAUUCAAAUGCAAAGAAAUCACAAAUUCAAAAUGUUCAAAAUGUGCUUUUUGGUACAUCACAAGUAAAGAUGGCACAUUGUGUGAGUCACAAAUAGUUUGGUGGGUCAUUUUUGUUCUGGUAAUAUGUGUUCUUAUUGUCUUUAUUAUAUUGAUUGUGUCAAUUGUCAUUGUAACAAAAACAACAUUUAACAAACUUCACAAACAUGAAAUCAAUAAAACAAUAACACUUUUUGCAAUGAACAAAUCCAACAUCAACUUUGUGCCUCUUCAAGGCGGUGUCUGUGUUUCGUCAAAUGUAAUUGACUUGAAUUCUGACAUCGAGCAAAUUGAAGUUAACAGAGAGACACGGCAGGUGUUGUGUGUAGGUAACACAAACAAAACCGCCACCAAAAUACAGUUCACAAUUUCAUCGAACAUCACAAAGUUUACAAUUUGUAUUGAUCCAGAAGUUGUAACACUUAAAAGCGGCUAUGCAUGCGAGUUUUCUGUAUAUGUCAAGCCAUUAUGUUCUUGUAAUAUCAACAGCACAAUCCAAUUGGU